AUGACUAAUCGGAGUCAUUCGUUGGUAUCCACAUCCACAUCACAAGUCUCACCUUUCUCUAAAAGAAGAACAUUAUACACACAUGUCAAUACCAAACAAUCAAUAUCGAAAAAUACUACCACUCAUAUUAAUAGUGAUUGUAGAUCACCAUUAUCGCGUUCCUUUACUCUAAUAUCCACGAGGGAAGUAAAUUAUAAGAAAAAAAGUGAUUACAUUAACGAUGGUUUGUCCUCGGGCUUUGUUGUGCAUCGACGGUUUUUAUCCACCACGCUAAAGGAGAAAAUUGAUUCGAUGGUUAAAAAUAAUGAUCUAGUCUUAUUUAUGAAAGGGACUGUCGAUACGCCUCAGUGUGGAUUUAGUAGAGCGGUGGUUCAAGUACUUGACGCUCAAGGUGUCGACCUGAAUAAAAUCAAAGCUUUUAAUGUGCUGGAAGAUCAAGAAUUGAGAGACGGAGUAAAAGUGUAUUCAUCAUGGCCGACAAUUCCUCAACUUUACAUAAAGGGUGAAUUUGUUGGUGGAUGUGAUAUUUUAAUUCAAAUGCAUCAAUCCGGUGAACUUGAAAAGUUAUUGGAAAAAGAAGGAAUAGUGUCACCUGAAGUAGAACAACAACAAUCAUAG